AUGACGCAAAGACUUCUAUGUCUUGUUUUUCUAACUUUAACAAUUUUAAUAUGUAAAAUAUAUUCGGCCGAUCAUGGACAUUUUCAUGAUCAUGGUCAUUCUCAUGAUCAUGGUCAUUCUCAUGAUCAUGGCCAUGGCCAUGGUCAUGAUCAUGGACAUGUACACGAACACGAUCAUGGAGAUGAAGAGCCACCUUCAUUUAAAUACUCUCGAGAGGCCAAUGCGCCUAAUCAUGGUCACUCUCACUCUCACAAGGAAGAAGCAGUAACUUAUGCUCCGCCACAUUACAAUGAAGGCAGUGAUGAUGAUGACGAUGAUGAUGAGACGGUUGCACCAUUUUCUGUUAUGUCUUGGGCAAUUCUUUCAACAAUUGGAAUCAGUUUAGCACCUGUUGUUAUACUCUUUUUUAUUCCUGUUAGCAAUACUCCACAACAUCAAUCACGUUUAAAAAUUCUUUUAAGUUUUGGAUCUGGUGGUUUAUUGGGUGAUGCAUUUCUUCAUUUAAUUCCUCAUGCAAUGUCAUCGUAUGGCAGUGAUCAAAGUAGUGGACAUGGACAUUCUCAUUCUCACGAACAUAAUCACUCAGCAGAUAUACAGGUUGGCUUAUAUAUUCUUUUCGGAAUAUUUCUUUUUCUUAUCACUGAGAAAAUCGUGCGACAUUUUAAAGGUCAUGGGCAUUCUCAUACUCAUUCGCACGCACAAGUUGCAACUGUUAUAGAAGAAGAUCAAAAUCAAGGCGAUGACGACUACGACAAUGAUAAAAAAAAAGAAAAGAAAUCGCCUAAAACAUCAAAAACAAAGACAAAACCUGAAGUUGUACCACAGAGUAAUAUGAAAAUAUCUGGCUAUUUAAAUUUGUUUGCUGAUGCUCUUCACAAUUUUACUGAUGGUUUAGCUAUUGGUUCAUCAUAUUCUAUGGGACGAAAACUUGGUUCCAUAACAACACUUGCAAUUUUUCUUCAUGAAAUUCCCCAUGAAAUUGGCGAUUAUGCCAUUUUAAUUCAGAAUGGAUGUAGCCGAAAAAAAGCAAUGCUUUUACAAUUAACAACAGCAGUUGGUGCUUUACUCGGUUGUUUAAUUGGUCUUUUAUUUCAUUCAGCUGGAACACAAUUAUGGGCAACACAAACAUUUCUUCCAGUAACAGCUGGUGGUUUCAUUUAUAUAGCAACGGUUAGUGUUAUACCGGAAUUAUUAGAAACAAAUAGUGGAUUAAAACAAUCACUUUUGGAAAUGAUUGCUUUAAUCGUUGGUGUUGGUGUUAUGGUUUUAGUGGCAAUCUUUGAGUGA